CGGAGAUAAUUUCACUAGAUGCCGCACUGAUAUCAACAACUUCGUGAAUGGGGUUCAAUCCUGAUUGUUUUCUAAUUCUGGUUCUUUGGCUUUACCACGAGCUACCGGUUUCUUUUUUUCUAUUUGAUAAUACUUUUACUUGACCCACAUUUCGUCAGGAUACUCUGGUGUUAAAAACGAACGCCACAAAAGUGACGCUCGAUCGUGACGCCGACCAGUUUGCUCUUGUUUAUGGGAUGCCGCUAUUAAAAUUUAGUUUACUGUAAUUUCUCGUUUGUGUUUACCAAUGACAAGCGAGCCUUCGUCUAUGAAUGAUCUCGCUGGAGCAGCGCCGCUGCGUGUGUUAACGUGCUGCUGACUGUGUCCGCCUGUAGCAGGCAACCAACAAACGGCGCUAACCAACCUCGCUGUCGGCUAAGCUAGCUCGCUGUGAUUUUGUUUUUGUUGUCUUACUCGGGUUCACAAUGGAGGAUGAAGCGUACAGUGAUAUUUACGGCAAAGCCCUGGCCCUGGACUGUCAGAGUCACUCCAGCAUUUGCAGGGAGUUCACUGUAAGCUCCCCCAAAGUGUCCAUCGGCAAAGUGAUGGUGUACACCUGCUGUGUGUGGCUUUUAGCAUAUGUCGUGUUCUUCUUCACAGAGAACACGGCCGUCCUGUCUAGUGCCAUACUCAUCACCCUGGCUGGCAUGAUGCUUCACAUCCACUUUGUGAAAGUGGACCACGAGUCCCUGCUGGUCAUCGGGUCCUUGGGCAUUCAGGUUUCUUCCAGCUAUGCCUCAGGCCGCGAGACCACCUCGUUUAUUGAGAUGACCAAGAUCAAGGAUAUCGUCAUCAAUGAAGCUAUAUACAUGAAUCAGAUCAUCUACUACCUUUGUGUACUGCUGAAGGAUCCUACAGAACCUAACGCAGUGUCAAAUGUUGUGCCAUUGUUUCAGAGUUCCAAGCCACGAUUGAACUGCUUGGUGAAGGUUUACAAAAGCUGCCAGGAGAUACUUUCAAAGUGCUGAUGAGACGCAGGCACUUUUGUAGUAAUAAUAACAUUUCUAUUAGUUUUAAUGUAUUUUUAUAUGUAUUUUCUCAUUUGUAUGAGUACAUGUAUGUGAUGUGACUCUAACCUCUACUUAUCCUAAAUUACUUGAAGCCAACAUGAAGCCAGACAAUUUAAGUAGCAAUACUUCUAACUUGUAAUUUACAUUUAAUUGUGACUGUGACAGUGUAUGCAUAUUAUACCUACGUUUUAAAUUAGGUUUUAUUAGGUUAUUAGGUGAAUUAGGUAUUAAAUAAUUAUACAUUUUUGGAAUAAACAUACAUUUACCCAUA